GGGCUGGGUGUUGUGUCCGGUCCUUCUCCCGCUGAGGCCCGCCUUGGUCCCGGGGCCCUUGGAGCCGGCGCCGCCGAGGCAGGCUUCCGGGACGCGAUGGCGGAGAGCGGCGCAGGAGGAAGCGGCAGGGAGUGGGGCCGCCUGGAGUGGGCGCUGCGCCACAGCCUCCGCCUGCUGCUGAGGGAGAAGAGGGGGCCCCGGGAAGAAGGACAGCAGGAGGAGGAGGAGGAGGGGCAAGCGGCGCCAUCGCCCAGCGCCCUGGAGGCCUUGCCGAUAGAUGUAAAAUUAUACAUUAUGUCCUUUCUGACACCCAAAGAUCUAAGUUAUUUGGGAAGUACCAGUUGCUACUGGAGGACUGCAGUCCGAGAUCCCUUACUUUGGAGAUACUUUCUGAUUCGGGAUGUUCCUUCUUGGCAUACCAUUGAUUGGAAAUCACUCCCAGAUGCAAACAUAUUUAACAGACCUUUUUCUGAGUUCCAUAGCAGUGCCUCAUAUGAUUACAUGGAAGUGUAUAAAAACUGCUAUUCCUGUUGCAAACGAUCUCUGAAAUCCAGGCAGACUCCAUAUGGAGCCAUGGCAUCCUUUUUACAGUCAUUGAUUACACAGGCUGAGCCUCGCUUUGCUAUGUUUGGGCCUGGUUUAGAAGAUCUGGAUGAAUCUUUGGUGCACAAAAUGAUGACAAGUCCAGAAAUGUUGCCACUGGCUGGUAUACCUUCAAGGCAAAUACAUGGGAUUGGAUCAGGAGUCACAUUUCACCUGAACAGCCAGAAAUUCAACAUUCUAACACUGUACUCAAGAACCAGCAAGGAAAGACGCAGAGCAAAGGAAGAGGACACUACUCCCAUCAACAAAAUGUUCCAUGUUGAAAACAGUGUUGAUGGCACAACACAGUACACUCUGAUUGAACACGUUAAAAAUAUGUGUGGACAAAUUGAUGGAUUCAUCUACGUUGCAGAUGCUGAGGUGCAUAAAAGACACAACCGCCAAACUGAAUUUGCCAGAAUAGCAGCAAUGCUUGAUCCAGCUCUUGGACCUUCAAACAGACCUCUCUUGGUUUUGUCCUGCAUUUCUAAUGCUGAGAUUGAAAGAAUCCCCUGUGUUUACAUGGCACAUCAGCUGCAACUAAACCUCUUUAGCCAACCUUGGAUGAUUCAGGACACUGAAGCUGCCACCUUAGAUGGACUAUUGGAUGGAAUUCAAUGGCUAUUGGAACAAACUGAACAUAAAAAUACUUAAUAAUCAGAAGUUAUUGAGAGUGGCAAUAGAGUUUUUAAAACUACUUAAUUUACAAGCAAUAUUUGAUUCAUCAUUUUCUAUUGAUUUGACAGAUCACAGAACAAAGUAUUGUUUUUAAGAAGGACUGAUACUGUCAUAAUAUAUGCUAUUUAAAACAUAGUCUUGGAAAUGCAGAAAAGAACGCUGCAACCAGAGCUAGCUGAGCUAGCCAUAAAAGAGUGCUCUUUCUCUUAGUGUUUCCUAUAGAUUUAUAUCAGUUGCCUUUUUCCCUACUGGAUUUAUCCCAAUGAUCUCUGAUUGGUGCCAGGGACCGUCCCAGACAUAGCAUUGCUCAGGGCAUUGUGAGACAUUAAAAUAGUCGUUAUCUCGUCUUUA